AUGUCUUUGGUUUCUCUCUUCAAGAAUACUUUCCUUAAGUCUAGAGUUAUUGGAUUAUCAUUCCAAGCCCAAAGAGUCAUGGCUUAGAUGGCUAAGACUGAUUUUGAAAAUCCUGAUGAGCACUUCCUCUUAAACGAUGCUAUGAAAUAUAAUGAACUUGUCUUCUACGGCAGACUAGCUGAAAAUUGGUCAAUUAACCCUGAAUUAUUUGGUAAGGCCGAAUUAGCUAAGUACAAUGAAGCUAAAUAGACUUUAAUCGACUUCAAUUAAUAUCACGCAUUAGUUCAAAAUCUUCACGAAUUCUAUUGGGAAUUGAAGACUAUCUACCUCGAACUUUCAAGAGGUGUUGCUACUUCCAACUUCCACAACAAGAGAGAAGUCACUCACUCUAUCAUCGAAUCAGACAUUAAGAAUUCCAUCCAUAAAUAUAUUUAGCUUAUCGAUGACUUAAAAGAUUACCCUGAAUGGUAACACAAGGUCAGAGAAGAAAUUGGUUAUUAUGCUCAUAUGAUCUAUACUUCAGUCAAUCACGACGGUAACUUCCCUGAAAUCUUUAAAGAAUUCAAUAAGGUCGACUCCCUCUAUUACUUCAAAUGA